AUGGGUCGCUUGGUCACACUCGCGACGUGCUCGCUCAAUCAAUGGGUUCUGGACUGGGUCGGCAAUGCAGACAGAAUUAUCGAGAGCGUACGAAGAGCGAAGGCCGCUGGAGCUAUGCUGCGAGUCGGCCCCGAGCUUGAGAUUACUGGCUACGGCUGCCUAGACCAUUUCCUGGAGUCCGACACCUUCUUGCACUCUUGGGAAAUGCUGGCGAAGAUCAUCUCUCAUCCAGACUGCCAAGACAUCAUCGUUGAUGUGGGCAUGCCCGUACGGCACCGCAAUUGCCGCUAUAAUGCCCGUGUUAUCUUCUACAACAAGAAGAUCAUUCUAAUCCGGCCAAAGUCUUCAUUGGCGAACGAUGGCAACUACAGAGAGAUGCGGUAUUUCACACCCUGGAUGCGUGAACGGUAUACCGAGAACUACUACUUGGAAUCGGUCGUCGCAGAGAUUACAGGCCAGCGAACUGUGCCCUUCGGAGAUGCAAUCAUUUCGACCCUGGAUACAGCAUUCGCAGCAGAAACCUGUGAAGAGCUGUUCACUCCAAAUCCACCACAUAUUCCUUUGGGUCUGGAUGGAUGUGAAAUCUUCACCAACAGCAGUGGUUCCCAUUUCGAGAUUCGGAAAAUCCUGCGACGCUUAACACUAAUUCGAGAAGCGACCCAACAGAAUAAAGGCAUUUACCUCUACGCCAAUCAGCAAGGCUGUGAUGGUGAUCGGAUGUACUACGAUGGUUGUGCCAUGAUUUUGGUAAAUGGCAAGGUAGUUGCACAAGGAUCGCAGUUCAGUCUCAACGAUGUCGAGGUCAUCACUGCUACCGUGGACCUGGAGGAAGUUCGUGCUGCUAGAUUCGCUCCCUCGCGCGGAUUGCAAGUGCAGAAGCAAGAGUCUUACCCUCGUAUCGACAUCGAUGUCGCCCUUUCAUCUCCCAAAUCAGGUCCCUCGCCAGUCCAGCUAGGCCCCUCGUCCGAGAUCUCCCUGAAAAGCUCCUCACCUCCUGAAGAGAUUGCGCAAUGCUGUGCGAUGUGGCUAUGGGAUUAUCUUCGACGCUGCGGCGGUGCAGCAGGCUACUUCAUUGCCCUCUCUGGUGGUAUCGACUCUUGCGCGACCGCCACCCUAGUCUUCAGCAUGUGCCGCAUGGUACACUCAGCCAUCCACUCCGAAGCCACCGAUCCCGCGACACGCAAACAGGUUAUUUCCGAUUGCCGUCGCAUCUGCGAUCAGCCCGCUGAUUCCGAUUGGCUUCCUUCCUCUCCACAAGAUAUCUGCGGCCGGAUCUUCCACACCUCUUUCAUGGGCACGGUAAACUCGUCGAAAGAAACUCGCAACCGCGCCAAAGACCUGGCGGCCGCCAUUGGCGCCUACCACAUCGACUGCGACAUUGACUCCAUCGUCGGCGCUCUCACCACAUUCUUCACAACCAUAACCUCCUUCACUCCCCGUUUCAAGCAGAACGGCGGAUCUCCCGCCGAAGGUCUCGCCCUUCAAAACAUCCAAGCCCGCCUCCGUAUGGUCGUGUCGUACCUCUUCGCCCAACUCCUCCCCACCGUCCGACAGCGCCGCUCCGGCGGCGGCCUCCUGGUGCUCGGCUCCGCAAACGUCGACGAGCAGCUGCGAGGCUACCUGACCAAGUACGACUGCAGCUCGGCCGACAUCAACCCCAUCGGCGGCAUCAGCAAAACGGACCUGAAGAGCUUCAUCGCCCACGCGCGCGACGAGUUCGACAUGCCCAUCCUCCACGAUUUUCUCGAAGCGACGCCCACGGCAGAGCUGGAGCCCAUUUCAGACACGUACGUCCAGAGCGACGAGGCCGACAUGGGCAUGACGUACGCGGAGCUCAGCGUCUUCGGCCGCCUGCGCAAGGUGCACAAGCUGGGCAUCUGGGGCAUGUACGAGAAAUUGGUGUACCUGUGGGGCAAACCCGCGCCGGAAGCUCCGCGGCAGCCAGGAGAAGCCAGCACGGCAAAGGGCAUGGGCAGCAGCACCACGGACGUGCACGUCAAGGCGGCGAAGCAGGAGGAGGAGGAGGCGCCCGGCGCCAUCCACGGCCGCGGCUUGUCGCCGCAGGAGGUGUACGAGAAGGUGCGCCGCUUCUUCUACUACUUCAACGUCAACCGGCAUAAAGCCACGAUUUUGCCGCCGGGCCUGCAUCUGGAGGAGUACAGUCCGGAAGACAAUCGCUUUGAUCUGCGGCCGUUCCUGUAUCCGACCAUGGCGGGCAGCUGGCCCGUGCAGAAGAUCGAGGAGCAUGUGGCGAGCAUGGAGAGGCAGAAGGAGGGUGUCAACGGAGCGUAG